AUGGUCGAUUCUCUUUCUUCAAGUGCCAUGUACUCUUCUAUCUUGCCUUCACUGCGCAGGGCUCCGAUUGCUUCUAAUGAAGAAAGCAACGAUUCAAUAGAGCUGUCCCCUCAACGACCCUCAACACCCGUCGAAGAAGAAUGCGGUUAUUCUUUCCAGGAGACCAGAGAUAUAUCUAUGAACGACGAACAUAGGGCCUUCCUUGCCCCAAACAUGGUAGACAUCUCUGAUCAAGAGACUUUACACCCCACGUCAGUUUCGGAGGUGUCCUCGGUGGACUCGGAAGAAGAGCUUCCCAAACAGUUGACCUUGAAGCUUGCUGAGAACGAAGUCCCAAACCACGAGCAGCCAAAUACACCACCGAACAGCGGAUUAUCCGUAGAAUGGAUCUGGUCAGUGUGGUGGGUAGAGAUGUUCAGCAGCCUCAUAUCAAUCAACUCCUUGAUCGCCGUCUUCACGGCUGUGUUCAAAGCUGCGCUCAUACUUCCUGUCGCCGAAGGCUUAGGACAGUUGAAAUGGAACUGGUUCGAUCGAUCUCAAACACUAGGUGAUCUCGUCUUGUUUGACAAUGCGAGUCGAGGGCCGUGGGGAUACUUGGCUGGACUUGGUGCAUUCAUCACCGUUGCAGCCCUUGCAAUCGACGCUUUUUCCCAGGCUACAAUCAAUCUUGGCUCUUGUAAUAUCACGGCAGAGUUCGGUAUAGCCGAAGUGUCUCGGACGAACAACUAUUCGGGCAAUCCUCAACAGCGCGACAGCUCCCUCGAUGCUGCCCCCAUCACCUCGAAUCUGAAAAUGCGGAAGGCUAUCAAUAAACGUCUUGUGGACCCUGCAAAGGCUGGGGAGCUAAUCAACUUCGCCUGCACCUCUCGCAACUGCACAUUCACGCAAGACGGCGGAGGAGGCUACUUCUCGUCUCUCGGAAUAUGUUACUCUUGUAAAGACAUUACAGACAAAGCCGUCUUCGAACCUCUUACCAAUAAAUCAACACCGGCUUCCAACAUUUUGACGUGGUACCUUCCAUGGAGUAAAAGCAAAACUGACGAGAGGGUCCUCCAAGGGGAAGACGGUGGUACACUUCUGACAAUGGCACCUACACCCAGUCAGGCUUAUAACAACAGCUCGCCUCCCAUUUACAGCUUCGACAUUUUGUCGCUCACAUCUUUCAAGUGUGAUUUAUGUGGGCCUGGAAAUUCCCCAAUGAACAGAAAACCACUUGCGGCUCAAUGCAGAAUCGACCCCUGCGUCAAGAAUUAUCAAGCCACGGUCACCGAUGGAAUUUAUGCAGAAAAGGUGGAGGGUGGUGAACAGCUGCUAAAAAGACGUCCCGCAAAAUUAGGUGAAUCUAGGGAUGAGAAUUCUUUUUCAUCACUUACGGAACCUGUUUUGAUUGACGGCACAGAGAAAAAGUGCAAAGAAGUAGAGGAAAGGGCGGGCAAUUCCGUCCGAGUCGGUUUCAAGGAUGAAGUUUUCAGAGAGAUCUACGACAACUCCCCCGAGAUCUCUCACUCAGAGAAACUCACCUGGAAGAGAUACCCGCGAGAAUGCGUCUGGGUUAUAGACAGAAGCUCUUGGCAAGGGAUGAGGGAGACGAUGACUGACUUUCUGAGUGGUAAAAUGACCACCCAAGAGGCGGAAUCAUAUCAAUGGGUCCAAGGUUCAGUCUGGGGUCAGCAACUAUUUGCAUCCGGAAACGCAUCCAUGUCGACGGUCAACAACAUGGUUGCUGGGUUGGCUGACUCAAUGACGGCUACGAUACGCAAUGAUCCCUAUGGAACAUCAGAGGAGUUGCGCAAGAACGUACCUGCUAAUCUUAAGGCGGCUACUGGGCAUGUUAUCAUCACCCAAACAUGCAUUUAUGUUCAAUGGGGCUAUAUAGCAUACCCCAUAGCCCUUCUUGCGCUGCAGUGGAUAUUUUCGACCCUGGUGUUGGUUGCGUGUAGUCAGCGAAGGAGAUCUGGGGAUGGGCCAAGUCGUGCAGUCUGGAAGUCCUCGCCUCUAGCACUUCUCUUUCAUGGGCUUGAUGAGGAUCUGCAGGCCAGGAGUCAGAAUCUCGAGACUGUCAGACAGAUGAACAGCUUGGCAAAAGAUGUCAAGGUUCGUUUGGUGCCGAUGAAUAAUUCUCAACGGAAAGGAUGGCACUUCGCGGGCGUCUAG